GUGUUGUUGUUUUGAAAUCGGGCAGUAAUUUACUACGGUGGUGGAAUUUAAAUGAAAACAUAAUUUUAUGCUAGUUUAUUGAAAUUUAAGGAACAAUAUGCCAAAAUCGUGGAAGAAUUGGUGUAGAUUAUGUGCCAACGAAUGUGCAGUUUACAAAUUGGAGUCCUUGGAGGAGUUAAACGACAUAGUGCGGAGGCACUUUCAAAUCACCCUUCAGGAAUUACCAGCAAUAAAUAAUUGCAUUUGUGAGGAUUGCUAUAAUUUCGUCAAUAAGCUAGAAAACUUUCGAGAGAGCUUAUUGCAAUCCGGUAGGCUGCUGCAGGAACUAAGCUUGUGCGAGCACAAUAAUCAACAGCUGCUCAAUAGCGAUAUUCUGGAUCUCCGUUUCCGAUUUUUGAGUGACUCCCUGAUUGCUGUAGGUUCCGAGUUACCAGAACCAAACGAAUCAUAUGCACCAGCAGAAAAUUUUUUGCAUGAAAUUUCCUCGGAUCAAGAGGAUCAAGAUAUACUCGAAAAUGAGGCAGAUACGCCGGAACCACCGCAAUUUGUUGAAUUGACCAUAGAAAAAGUUACCAACGUUCGAAAGAUAAAAAAAGAACCCCCUGAAUUGACAGUAAACCCAUUCAAAAGAACUUUAGAAGGUCAGGAGGCUCCCGAAGAGAAGUACGAAAUCUUGGACAAUUUAUCUUCGGAACAGUUGGCGGAACAGGACACACAUUCGGUGGUAAAAGGCGAAUCGGAUGAGUACAAUCAGUCUGGAAAAGCUAGUCAGGAAUUUUUAGAAAAGGAAUCGCUAUCCAACGAGAAAACGAUUAGUGAUUCUAAUCCCGUUAAACAACAAAUGAAAACGAAACCAACCAAACCGAAAACGAGGAUCAAAACACUGCAUUAUUGUAAAGCAUGUGAUAAACAUUUUAAGAAUCGAUCUCUUUAUUCACAUCACAUGCAAACGGAUCAUACAAACUCUGAAGAACUUAAGUACGGAUGUGAGAUUUGUCCCAAAAAAUUCUCCACAGAGAGAAGCGCUAAGUUACAUGCAGUCGUACAUUUACCGGAUGAGCAAAAAUUGAUUCAUCCGUGUGAAUAUUGUGAUAAAAAGUUUAGUAAAUUGGUCAAUGUGUAUGCUCACAUAAAAGCGGUACACAAUAAGGAGCGACUUUACGUUUGUGAAGAGUGUGGAAAAGCUCUAGUUACCAAAGGAGCUCUGAAGGAACAUAAAUUAACCCACAGUGAUGAUCAACCUUUUCAAUGUUCGUGUUGUUCGAAAAGUUUUAAAAAUUUAGCCAGACUGAAGAUUCAUGAAGAUACUCACAACGAUACCUUGUACGUUUGCCCGCACUGCGGACUCAAGCUGAACACGAAACGAACGCUCAAAAUGCACAUGGUAGUUCAUUCCGACCAGAAACGGUUCAAGUGCCAGUACUGCGGUAAUGAGUAUAAGCGAUCCAAGGCACUCAAGAAUCAUUUGAUUCUGCACACCGGGUUGCGACCCUAUCAGUGUCCCUUUUGCGAGAAAACUUUUGCCAACGGUUCCAACUGCCGCAGUCAUAAGAAGAAAGCCCACCCGAAAGAGCUGGCGGCUUUGGAGGCAGCCGGUGGGGGUCAGAAAUGGGUAAAUAACAUCCCGAAACUGGAGGAGCUACUCAGACCACAUCAAUCGGCAUCACCCACGCCCGAUGACGUCCAACAGGGCACGUCAACUACCGCAACAAGUGCUCUGCUCCAGGAAUUACCAACAUUGGUAGCUGCCCCUUCCCAAACGGCUCCGCCUCCUCCCCCACUCACGGUUUCGCCAGUUCAUCAGCAUCAAAAAGGAACCGUAGCCACAGUAAUAGCUACGCCACUGACCCCCUCCGAUUCGACUGCAGCUGCAUCCAUCGGGGACGAGCUGGUACUGCCACGUGGCGUCCGGUUAGUGACAGCUUAUUUCCACAGCGAACCACCCCCUCUGAAUAUGCUUUCCAAGAAAGGUAUCAAAAACAAGCAACUAGACGGUGGUUCUGAGGAAAAUCGGCGGCAACGUACCCUGAGGGAAUCCGGAAAAGAUGGGGAACAAGUGCAACUGGCGAUGCCGGAUAUGGUGGGGUUACCGUUACUUCAGCUCAUUAAUCCCAGUGAUAACCUUUAGGGGAAAUGUUUAUGCUAAACUGUGCAUUAAGCAUGUUUUUUGUCAGUAUCAAUAAGCAAAUUUAGCCAUAAAAUUGUACAAACUACCUUCGUCAAACUAUAACAAUUUGAAAAUAAACGGACCACUAUGGUAGUGGUGCUAUUGUAACUUACAA